AUGGCUGGCUGGAUAUGUAGAUUUAUUUUCAGCUGGUUGUGUGUUGUAUCAUUAGUAGGAAAUAUUGUAAAUAAUUCAGAUAGGUGUUUCAGAGCAAUGCACAACACUGACAUGAUGGACAUUGCAUCAAACUUUUCCACAGAUCUAAAAAUUUGUGGAAAUAUGGAAGUGGAUGGUGUAAAGAUUAACUACACUGCGUUUUCAAGAUUGGCAUUCUUAAUGCAGUUUUUACUCACUGAAAAAUCUAAUAUUUUAACAGGCACUUUUUCUGACCAAUUUAUGUGGGAAGAAUUAUUUUUAAUUACAUUCUUUGACAGUUCAUGGAAUGCAAGAAAUACACAAUUACCACAGCUACUGUAUUCUCUUGUUGCUACGUCAAAUGAUUCAUGUUCUGACUUUGAAAGAAGUGAAAGAAAUCACUUUUUUGUGUUAAAUGUGACAAAAUUAUUUCAUCAGAGAAAGUUUGUAUUCCAUGUUAUAAUGAAAACUGAAAAAUAUUGCCCUAUGUUGAUGAUUAUUUAUUGUGAUACAUUAACAUGUUUACUUAUUUGUUUUGGCAAAGGCUGCCGGACUGGAGGGGGACCCUGCCUCCCCGGGACAGGCCCGGCCUGGGCCGGCGGUCCCCGCCGCCACGGAGCCCGCCGCGGCGCCUCCCGCCAGCCCCGACAUGGACGACGCGAGCAGCCGACGCCAGGCCACCAGAUCACCGUGUAUCUGGGGAAGAGAGACUUUGUGGACCACAUUACCCACGUUGACCCCAUCGAUGGAGUGGUGUUGAUUGAUCCAGAAUAUGUAAAGGACAGAAAAGUCUUUGGUCAUGUUUUGGCCGCAUUUCGAUAUGGCCGAGAGGACUUGGAUGUUCUUGGGCUCACUUUCCGUAAAGACCUGUACCUGGCAGCGGAACAGAUCUUCCCUCUGAUCCAGCCUGAGGGAGGGGCUGCUAAACGCCCUCUCACUCGUUUACAGGAACGCCUGAUAAAGAAGUUGGGUCCUAAUGCAUACCCAUUUUAUUUUGAGCUUCCACCUCAUUGUCCAGCUUCAGUAACAUUACAACCAGCACCUGGUGAUACAGGCAAACCCUGUGGUGUAGACUAUGAGCUCAAAGCUUUUGUUGGAGAAACUCAAGAGGAUAAACCUCACAAAAGAAAUUCUGUUAGAUUGGCUAUUCGAAAGAUAAUGUAUGCUCCCAGCAAGCAAGGUGAGCAGCCAUCAGUAGAAGUAAGCAAAGAAUUCAUGAUGAGUCCUAAUAAGUUGCAUUUGGAAGCUUCAUUAGAUAAAGAGCUGUAUCAUCAUGGGGAAAACAUAGCAGUCAAUGUCCAUAUAGCUAACAACUCCAACAGAACAGUUAAAAAAAUUAAAGUAUCUGUACGACAAUUUGCCGAUAUCUGUCUCUUCUCUACUGCUCAGUACAAGUGCACGGUUGCAGAAACAGAGAGCGAUGCAGGGUGCCCAGUGGGGCCAGGCUUCACCUUAAGCAAGGUGUAUCAGGUGCGACCCCUUCUGGCUAACAAUAAGGAUAAACGAGGACUGGCACUGGAUGGUCAGCUGAAGCAUGAAGACACCAAUCUCGCCUCCUCAACAAUAGUUGCUGACCCAUCACAAAGAGAGAACUUGGGAAUAAUAGUACAGUAUAAAGUAAAAGUGAAAUUAUGUUUAGGAGCCCUCGGUGGAGAUUUAGCAGCAGAGCUACCUUUCAUAUUGAUGCACCCUAAGCCAGAAGAGGAACCUCCUCUACCACCUACAGCUCGGCCAUCGCCAUCCCAUGCUCCCUCAGGUGGGGCUGAUGAUGUGGCUGUGGACACCAAUCUCAUUCAACUGGAUACAGAUGGCAUCUUACCAGAUCAGGACGAUGACAUUAUUUUUGAAGACUUUGCAAGGCUUCGGCUCAAGGGGGAGACAGAUGCCUGAGUCAGGUGUCUACAAUUGCAUCAACCCCAUAUUCUUCAUACAGAAGUAUACAUUGUGUGUGAGUAAAUGGGCGAGGCAGGCCAGGGUGCAGGCCAAUGGCACUAAAAGGCUUUUUUAAUGCAGAGUGAGUUGAUUUGUCAGAGGGUCCUGAAAUCAAUUGCAUUUUUAACAUCUGAUCAUCUGGCAAGCUGACGUGUGAGAAUGGAAGCCUGUGCGCCAUGCAUAUAAUUACUGGUGCACCAUCUGUGGGCUGCAUAAGGAAUUGAUUGCAGUAGAUUUUGUGUUUGCAUAGAGGCCUGUGUGUGUCUGUCAGUGGAACUGUCAGGUUGUGAAGCAUGUUGAAGAGAGGUUUCUUUGAUAUAAUUUUGCAUUUAUGACAGUAGAUAAAAUGUAUAACAGUAUACCCGGUGGGUCACUAAACCAAGAAAAAAUAAUAUAUUUUGUAUUUUCUUUUUCAUUCUGCACAAAGUCAGUCAUGUGUCAGAAGCAUAAAUGUGUGGUGUUGUGUAGCUCGUGUCUGCCCUGUGUUACCUAAACCCGGACCUGCAUUGCCCUAUCUCCCAACUCUGAAUGUGGUGUCACCUUUUAGGGCAGGAUGCCCUUCUUAGGUUAUCUCCACAGUCAAGCUGUUUGUAAAUAUGUAAACUUCCUUUGCCUCCCUGCUUCCCUAUUUUCUGCUUUAUAUAUACAUACACUUUGGCCAUGUAUAUAAAAUAGCAUUGUGGAUAUAAAUACAUUUGUUACAUCUGUAAAGAAUUCUGAAGCUCAGUGUACCAUGUGUGUGAGAAGUUUAUACUAAAAAGACUGACAGCUUUAGUUUGAGGAAGUGCUUCAUUUUCUAAUGUCUCUUCCUGUUUGUUUCAUUUGGGUUACGGGCCAGGGAUUGGAAGCUGUGUGGCAGAUAUGAAAUUUUUGGCUCCUUUUGUAGGCAGGAACAAAUACAUUUAGCUCACCAGUACACACAAGCUUGUAGAGAAUCCUCUCUCCAUAAAUGUUUAUUCCCAUCUUUUAUUAUACCUCGGUAAAUUUCAUUUAUGGUGCUGCCACGCAGUCUGCAGGCGGGCCGCGGGUCAGCCCCUUCCAUUACCCACAGCUCUACAGCAUAACAAUAUUUUGAAUAAAUGAUUGUAUAAUAAAUUCAUAUUGUGUAGAGAAUUUCUAGAUGUUAUUGGCUGGUUUAUAUUCCCUUCUUUGUAUCGUCAACACUUCUACUGUCCUGACAAAGUUUACUUUUGUGCUUGCUAUGAUCCGAUAUAUUUUCUGAUGGAUAAAGUUCGGCAUUCCAACUACUCAACUAUUUGGCCCAGACAGCUCAAGCAAUACAAAAUAAUUGUUACCGACUUACAGUAACUGCACUGUGCCUCUGUAUCUCUCAUCACUUUGUACAGGUGCAUGUGGAGUGCUAGAUAAUCUUAGAACCAAAGAUUUGUUAUUUUCUGUUGUUUUGAAAAUUAAAAUACUAAUGCCCCAUUGUUGUAAACAUCUUUGUUGUAAUUUCUUUGUUUAUUUGUACAAUAUCUGGUAUAGUUUUACAUAGCUUAGUACACAAGCAAAUGCUUGUUCAUGUUGUAAAUACCGAUUGUAUGGGAACUCUAAUUUUUUUAAUGCACUUCAUUGUUUCAUUUAACAAUGUUCUGUGGUUAUCAUACACCAGGAUUAACCUUCUCUGUGAAAUGACCAGUGACUUCCCAAAUAGAAAGGCUGUGUAAUGUUCUUUGAAACUGUGCCUUUACUUUCAUAACUCAACAAAACUUUGGUUUCUGAGAAUGUGGAUAUUAACCCCAUCUUGAGAGGACAAGGUUUUCAGGGCUAGCUGUGUUUUGACACUGGCAGUGGAAAAGUAUCAUUGCUAGAGAUGUUGCUGUUCGUUUGAGGUAAUGGCAGGAUAUGUACUAAAUAUGUUGGUACGACACGAGACCAGAUGUUGAGUUAUCUUUUGCCUAAUAAGUCUAUGUUCAUUUUGUACAUGUAUUGUAAUUUUUAUUUAUUUAUUUUUUUAAAUAUUCAACAUGUUUUCCAGCAGUGACUUGCUCAUUUGUUGACAAAAUGCAAUUGUUAGCAUUUUGUUGUUUGUAUUGUACAGAACCUUCACUGUUUUGAAAAACAGGUUAUGUUGAUGCUAUUCAACUCCCAGCAUGUACUAGGCACAUGUCUGUGACAGCCUCUGGUGAGCGGGUCUCAGGGAAGGAGCAAUUCAAGCUACCAUUUUCCUCUUUUUACGAAAGGGGCGUUUUUUCCAGUGAUGAAUAUUUGAAGUGCUCUACUAGAUUUGUAAUGGAAUGUCUUAUCUUGUGUAUUGGCAUUAGAAAAAACCAGAGGUUGGAGAUACAGAGGAUGUGCAAUACAGCAGCCGGUCAAUGCCUCAUAAAUCAGAACAUGAACUAUAGGCAGUCAUUUUUAAACAAUUAAGCACAAACCUUAUUCUUAUGUCCUUUUUUUCAUGUCAACUGUGCAUUACUUGACAAUGAAACAGAAACAAAUGUACGUAUUGUCUUGUUUAAAGGACAAAGAUCUUGUAUAAUUUGUAUUUACAUGUUAUUCUACAAUAAUAAUUUUUUAUUAUUAAUUCA